AUGUUCUGUUACUACUCCGCUUAUGGCACAGCGGUGACCAUCGCGGUCUAUACAGCCCUUCACAAAAUCCGGAGAAUGGGUCUCGGGGUCGGGCAGCUUCGCUUCUACGUUUUGAACGCUAGCCUGGCAGCCGUGGUGCGGAGAUGGCGUAACGCAAGGAGUCUUUCCGGUCGAACGGACUAG